GUAUUCCUGGUAUUUGCUAUAACACAUAAGAAUCAGGAUUUAGAAUGCAAUUGAAAAUGUGGAAUUUUGAGGAAUCCAGCUUCGUUGGAAAAUGAAACAUGAAAAAGUGGAAAAAUUUCAGACAAAUCUGCCCUUCAUCAUAUCGUGGCCUAGGUUGUGUGUGCUGAUGAAACAUAUCCAUUAUAUAGACAUGAAGCAGAAGCUUAUCCUGUGAUACAGAAAGGGAGUUGCCUGAAACUUGGCUACCGGAGUUAGUCUUGGACGUUCGUCGGUGUGUUUGACGCGGAUUGUAGUACUCUUUCUCGGGUCCUCUAACUGGUAAAGAACAAGAAGACGUUUUUUGCGUUCGAACAGUAACAAGGUUCGUAUGUUAUUUUUCUCUCUAAUUUUUUCCCCAUUUUGCAGUUGAAUAAAUAAUAUAUCCUACCUUCUCUAUUAGUCAUAGUUGUUUUAAUUUCUUUUGCUUUUUCUUUUUCCCCUUCUGUCAAUUACACCGACAAUCUCUUGCUUCUUAUUAAAAGGUUUCGUCUGGUUACUACUAGUAGGCAAGCUUACAGCAACCCCUUGCUUGAACUCGACUCUAUUUUUUGUUGUCAUUAUCCUGCUUGUCUGUAAUUUACCAAGUACAUUUUGCGUGUGUGUUCAACGAAUAGUGAAAUAGAUGCAUCGUUUUAGUGUUCUUGUUCAUAUUUUAUGAAACUUGAUUUGUUGGUUGAUAGUUGGUUUUCUCCUCUCUCUUCCCCACUCCUCGCCUUUGUUUUCCUUUUCAGAUUUUAUGUUAGAAAUAAUAUAUGUACGUCUUUCUUUCAGCAUACACAUUUUUUAAAAGGUAUAAGAGUUAUUUUCGAUGAUUACCCUUGAUGCAGUACCAUUGGCUCCCAAUUCAUCCCCUGACCCAAGACACUAGUCAGCAUUUUGGCCUUUCUGGUCCUUUUGUUUGUUUUGUUAGAGGAAGGCAUGCCCUCAAUUAAGGAAGAUUACUAAUCAAAAUGAAAUGCUUAUGGUUAGAAUAAAUAUUACCUACGAACAAAAAAAAAAUACUUACACAUACUUUUGAAUUAUAAUUGAACAGGACUUCUCCUGUAUUUUGGGAUGAAGACUUUUUCUUCUUCCCUUUAUAAUUUGAUCUCUGUAUUUUAUAUUGUAUUGUAAAUCUUAUGCAAACAUAUGAAAAUAGUUAUAUUUUUUUGUCUAAUUAUCAUGAUGCAUUCAAAUUUUGGUGACGAGGGAUCAAUCUUAAUCUUCUUUAUAAAGUCAAAGUACAGUGUCUAAUAAAUAGGGGCAUGACUUUUGAAACUUGUUCAUUCAUUUUAUUUUUUAUUUUUUUUGACUACUGUUUAUGGGAGAAAAUUAGGUGUGCAUGUGCAUACGAGUCUAGAUUACUUUAAAUCGUUGAUGGUAUUCUGAAGUAUUAGCUCACUUUAUAUCAUAAUUACUUUUAUUUGGUUAGUUCUUCCAUCAUUGAUAUCUUUUUGUUUAUUUUAUCGUAUUUUCUUUCCUUAUUAAUCAUGAUUUUACUUCGAUUUUAUUCACUUUUUGAAAAGUUGUAUAGUUUUGUUGUUGAUUAGUUGUUUCAAUUCUAUCAUCAUGUCUACAUACUUGCCGGAAUUUUCUUUCUUUUACUUUUCCUUUCAUCUAAAUUUUUCAUACACUUUAAAAUUAAUGGCCCAAUGUUUUGACAUUUGAUGAGAACAAGGAGUCACGAACUCCCUUGAGAUAUUAAGCACUUAUCUUCGAUCCCACUUAGGACUUGUCAAUGUGUUUCCUCUCUUAAUCAAUUCAAAUAAAAUGUAUAUUGAAACCCAAUUCUGUUUGCGUAUUUUCUUUGAUUACAAAUAACCAACCGAAAAUCAUUUUGUAAAGAACUAUGUGGAUUUAACAUUCUGGUUUGCAGGGAUGCUAUAGGACAAGGUUGUCUUAUUUUUUUAGUACUGUGUGUAGGGAGGAACAGUGUAAGUAGGUGAAUUUCAUUGAUUUAUUUACUUGCCAAACUGCGAUAAUCAAUUAUAUUAUUUGGUGUUCGACCCACCAAUGCAGGAUUAUUAGAAUCUGCAUUUUUGUUUUGCUUAUUAUCAUGUUUGACUCUAAAAUCCAUUGGCCAUAAAGGCUGAGAAAUCUGUCAAUCUGUUUGUCCCUUUGAUCAUGCAGUCCAUGUUGGUAGGUUCAUUGAUAAACUAUCAACAUCAAAUCUGGUUCCAGAAUUGUAUGUUACUCAUGUUUGAUGUAAAUUUUUUUAAACCAAAUUGUAGGAAAAUAGUGAUUUCUGUGCAACGAAUUAGUAACUUGGUUUUCGGUUCUAUCUUUGUUUCCAUUUAGUGCAAUUGUAGAAAAAAUAUUAAAUAUUAAUUUAUUUUUUUUCGUGUUAGAUUAUGGCAACGAACAAUGUAAUGGAGUGCAACGAAAUUGUUGUUCUUAUUAAUUAUUUCGAGAGUUUGAAUCGAUUCACUUUGAUCUUGAUCACUAUAUGUGGUUUGCUAUUAUCCAAUUAUGCUAUAAAAAAUAGUAAUUCGAAUAGAUUUAGAUGGGAUUGUUAUAAAAGGGCGAGAAUGAGGGAAAUCAAUGUCCAUAGAAUUGUUUACAUUAGUGACACAGCUUGUAUUGAGAAUACAAGGAUGGAUAAAAGGAGCUUUCAUAAUUUGUGUGAUUUACUUAAAACUGUGGGAAUGCUUGCACCGACUGGGCACAUGGGAGUGGAAGAGCUUGUUGCAAUGUUUCUUCACAUUUUGGCUCAUGAUGUUAAGAAUCAGAUAAUUAAAAGACAAUUCUUGAGGUCUGGUGAAACCAUAAGCAGACAGUUCUUGAAGGUGUUGCAAGCUGUGUUACGUUGUCAUGUGGUUUUACUCAAACGUCCUGAGCCAGUCCCUGCAAAUUCAAGUGAUGAGAAGUGGAAAUGGUUUAAGAAUUGUCUAGGAGCUCUUGAUGGGACACAUAUCAAGAUUAAUCCCCUACUAUCUGAUAAACCUAGAUAUCGGACUAGGAAGGGUGAUAUUGCAACAAAUGUGUUAGGAGUUUGCUCUCAAGAUUGUCAAUUCAUUUACGUAUUGCCUGGAUGGGAGGGAUCAGCUGCAGAUUCAAGGGUCCUCAGAGAUGCUAUAUCUCGUCCCAACGGUUUAAGGGUGCCUAAAGGUUUUUGUUAUUUGGCUGAUGCUGGUUACAUGAACGGGGAAGGAUUCCUUACACCGUAUAGAGGCCAAAGAUAUCAUCUGAGUGAGUGGAGACAAGGGGCACAACCAACAACACCUAGAGAAUUUUAUAACAUGAAACACUCCUCUGCUAGGAAUGUCAUAGAAAGAUGUUUUGGGUUGCUGAAAGGGCGGUGGGCCAUAUGAGAUCAAAGUCUUU